GGGGGUAAAACUGGGGGGAAACUAUGGGAGCUAAGCCUUCAUAAGGCGAUGCCGGUAGAUAAAGCGGUCAGUCUUGGGAGAACGUAUGCUCACUGAGCCCUUUCCCCACAAUCUCAUCUAGAAACUAACCCUAUGACUCUUUUCUCCACAUCCAACAGUGAAGCGGCUGAAGUAUGCCUCUACGAUGGCGCUCCUCAUCACUUCAACAAUAACAAGGGCAUCCUGAAUCUGACUGACCGUGAGACAGAUUUCGAAAUUCCGGCAUCGCGGUCAUUCAAUGCCGCCGGGCAUGGGAAAGGUGCUGUCGAUGGAAUUGGUGCUACCGUGAAAUAUCGCGCAACAAGGAAGGUCUGGAGAGGAACUGAAGCCGAUGUCAUAUUGAAACCUCCGGAUCUUUACAAACUAUAUCUUUCGACGAGAGAAUGGGGCGGUGAGUCUAUGAUUUGUUGUCAAUAA